AUUUCAGACACCGCCAAGCUCAGUUUGGAGUGCUUAGUUUGUCGCACAACUCUGGAAGCUCAGCAGCCGGAGAUCUGUCGGAGUUUGGGGACAAAUGCUAACAGCUGACUCGGAGAUAAAUCAGAAAAGUGGCUUUCAUUCUUUCAACGUAAUUGAUUUAUUGAUGAAGUAGAAGAGGGAAGCAAUUGCUGAACAUCCCAAAGAAACCUUCUAGAAGACUUCAUCUCCCACCCAUAGGAGCUGAUAUCAUGGCAAUGGAUGCGGCUGUGAUCGGUGCCAACGGAGAGAUGAAGGUUUUCUACAACCAGAACCUCAGUCCCAGCAAAGGUGUCCUGUCCCUGGUGACAGUCCACCCACAGUCCCUCUCUGUGGGGAAACAACUGCUUCCCAAAACCCUGGGGCCCUCCAACGUCAACAUCGCCCCACACAUGGUGAUGGGUACUCCUCAGAGGCCCAGUGGGUCAGGGGGGUUAGUGAUGGGCAGCCCUCACACACCCAGUACUCAAUACAGACCACAGAGCCAGCCCCCUGAUGCCUCUCCCUGGUCCACCGGGAAGCGUGGUACUGGUAAGAAGGGAGAUAAGAACGGGAAGGGGCUUAGGCAUUUCUCCAUGAAGGUGUGUGAGAAGGUGCAGAAGAAGGGAGUAACUACCUACAAUGAGGUGGCUGACGAGCUCGUGGCAGAGUUCAGCGCCAACGACACCCUCCUCUCGCCCGGCGACUCGCAUUCCUACGACCAGAAGAACAUCCGACGGCGUGUGUACGACGCGCUCAACGUGCUCAUGGCCAUGAACAUCAUCUCUAAAGAGAAGAAAGAGAUCAGGUGGAUCGGCCUGCCCACCAACUCAGCCCAGGAGUGUCAGAGCCUGGAGGUGGAGAGAGAGAGACGACUGGAGAGGAUCCAACAGAAACAGUCUCAGCUUCAGGAGCUCAUUCUGCAGCAAAUAGCGUUCAAGCGCCUGGUGCAGCGUAAUCGUGCAGCGGAGCAGCAAGCGGGCAGGGCUCCACCCCCAAACUCUGUCAUCAACCUGCCCUUCAUCAUCAUCAACACCUCCAAGAGGACCGUCAUCGACUGCAGCAUCUCCAACGACAAGUUUGAGUACCUGUUCAACUUUGACAACAUGUUUGAGAUCCAUGAUGACAUUGAGGUGUUGAAGAGAAUGGGGCUGGCCUGUGGUCUGGAGGUGGGCCAAUGUUCACCAGAGGACCUGAAGGAAGCACGCACCCUGGUGCCCAGAGCCCUGGAGCCCUAUGUUACAGAAAUGGCCACGGGUCCAAUAAGCAACGUCUACAUCACAGGAGCCUCGUCUACAAACGGAGGAGGACGCCGUCACACAAGUAGUGCCGAUGGCACGGUGGCGUCCAUUUCCAAUGACUCACACUACAGCGGCUCGCGAGGCCACACCCCCGUGUCCUACAUGGCAGAUGAGGAAGAGGAUGAUGAAGACUAUGACGACGACGAUGAUUUAAAUCAGUAGUUUCUCACACAACCAACUCUAACAGCCCAGUCUGAUGACUCACCAGCUGUGUUCCAAGUGGCUUCCUAUUCCCAAUAUACUGAACUACUUUUGACCAGGGCCAUAUUGGCACAGAAGUAGUGCACUAUAUAGGGAAUAGUGCCAUUUGGAAUGCAUGCAGCCCUUGUCCCAUGAACAAGUCUCUCUCCCUUCCUCCAGCUCCAUCUCAGGCCUUCCCACCAAGCUAUCUACGAGGAGGCCCCUGCUUCUCCUUCCUCAGCUGCCUUCAGAAUGCACAGAGCUCACCAACGCAAUGGCCUUCUGGGAAAUGUAGUCUUUGCUGCCAAGGACACUGACUAUAAUGCCUUUUGUGGGAUUAAUUUAUUUUUUUCUCCUUCUGAUGCUGUGAUUGCAAUCUCCACAACGUGCUCCUCUUCAGCCCGCCUCCCUGUUACAGGAAAUGGGAGCUUUCUCAUGCCAAACAAUUUUUUUUGUUCUUGAGUGAACUGAUAUACGGCCACAGAAAGAUUCCCUCCAGAAACCUGAUAUCUGCUUUGUUUGACUGUAUUACAGUAUUUAACAUUAUGAUCAGUAGUGGUGUCAGUCAAUGACAUGACAGUGAAAUGACUUCCUAUAUAGCUCCUAGGGGAGAGUGUGUUUUGUACUUUACAUAUUUGUAGUAAUAUUUUCUUAUUUUGUGUGUGUGUGACUUCCUUCUGGCAGCUAUUUUCAAGAUUGGUCAGAAUGUGUUUUUGGAUGGUCACUUGGCCCUGUGUGUCACUGUGAAUACCUACAGACAGUAGAGGCCAAAUGUCCCUGUGUGUGACAGUAGAGGAGACAAGGCCACCCAUCCCCUCUCAAAGCAAGGUGACCAUGUUCAUAAUCUCAGAAUUGGAGUCAAGAGAACGUUGUUGUAAAUUAGAAGUGGUUCUCUGCCUGGCUGGCAGGCAGCCCAUUGAGACAAAACGUACCGAAAUGUUUCUAAAUAUCUCAAUGCUCUACUUAAUGAACGACACUCAGAGUGAAGUAGCUGCGUAUUAUCAAUGAACUGAACUUUGGGGAGGAUGGAGCCGUUCAUAGGUUUGAAACAAGCUCAAGACUUCAGGAUUGUGUCAAAAGCCAAAAUAGGGGAGUCCACUACAAUGACACCCCCCCCCCAAGGAACUUCUGUAAAACUGAACAAAAUGUCGACUGCAAUACCGUACCUUUAUUUCUUUCUGUUAUCUAAUGAGUUUCUAAAUUAUAGAGAAUAAAUAUAGAGGGUGUUUGAA